AUGCGUAUUGCGAACAUGUUAGUGCGUCAACCAGGGCUCUCAACAGCGGCCAGUCAACCAGGGCUCUCAACGGCGGCCAGUCAACCAGGGCUCUCAACAGCGGCCAGUCAACCAGGGCUCUCAACGGCGGCCAGUCAACCAGGGCUCUCAACGGCGGCCAGUCAACCAGGGCUCUCAACAGCGGCCAGUCAACCAGGGCUCUCAACGGCGACCAGUCAACCAGGGCUCUCAACAGCGGCCAGUCAACCAGGGCUCUCAACGGCGGCCAGUCAACCAGGGUUCUCAAAAGUGGCCAGUCAACCAGGGCUCUCAACAGUGGCCAGUCAACCAGGGCUCUCAACGGCGGCCAGUCAACCAGGGCUCUCAACAGCGGCCAGGCUCUCAACAGCGGCCAGUCAACCAGGGCUCUCAACAGUGGCCAGUCAACCAGAGCUUUCAACGGCGACCAGUCAACCAGGGCUCUCAACGGCGGCCAGUCAACCAGGGCUCUCAACAGUGGCCAUUUGUAUCGCUGUGUAUCUUUUGCUUAACCCCCCCACGCCUCCCCCUCCACCCAAAUAA